ACCCCACCCCUUCUUCUCCUUUUUAAAGCUUUGCUUCACUUCUAAUCUUCUCAAACCUAACACCCUUUUCCCCCUUUUAUACUUCUCUCUGUUUGUUUUGUAUGUAUCUGUUGUUUCUCUGGUGGGUUUCUUGAAAGGAAUCCUGAUUUUCAUUUUCUUGGUUUUUUGGCCCCGGAAAUGGAGCAAGAGGGUGCACUUGUUCUAGCACCGGCGCCGGUGGGGCCGGUGACGCCGAGGAGAGCAGUGGCAGCUCCGGCGACGUCUUUAGCACCGGGAUUCAGGUUUCAUCCGACAGAUGAGGAAUUAGUGAGGUACUAUUUAAGGAGGAAGGCUUGUGGGAAACCGUUUCGGAUUGAGGCUGUUUCUGAAAUUGAUGUUUACAAAUCUGAGCCAUGGGACCUUAGAGAUUAUUCAUCUCUGAAGACCAGAGAUUUAGAGUGGUAUUUUUUCAGCCCUGUAGAUAGGAAGUAUGGGAAUGGAUCUAGACUUAAUAGAGCCACUGGACAGGGCUACUGGAAAGCUACUGGAAAGGAUCGUCCUGUUCGCCACAAGUCUGAGACCAUUGGAAUGAAGAAAACGCUUGUUUUCCAUAAUGGUCGAGCUCCUGAUGGAAAGAGAACUAACUGGGUAAUGCAUGAGUACAGACUUGCCGAUGAAGAAUUGGAGGCAGCUGGAGUUGUGCAGGAUGCCUUUGUGCUCUGUCGAAUCUUCCAAAAAAGUGGAUUAGGGCCUCCUAAUGGCGACAGAUAUGCACCAUUUAUCGAGGAGGAAUGGAAUGACGACACAACUCUCAUGGUUCCUGGAGGAGAGACCGAGGAUGACGUGGCCAAUGGUGAUGAAGCGCGAGUUGAGGGAAAUGAGUUUGACCAGGAUGUGCAUGGGAAGGCUCCUUGCCAAAGUGAGAACCUGCUUGAGCCUCGACCUCUUUCGUUUGUUUGCAAGAGGGAAAGGUCUGAGGAUCUCGAACUACUCUCUUUAGCUCAAAGCAAAAGAUCGAAGCAUGAUGAUCCUAGCUCUAGCCAUGCAAAUGGUUCUGAAGAUUCAACCACUAGCCAACAGGAUCCACCAACAAAGACGAUGACGACAAAUUACUCCCCUACUCUCUUAACAUUCCCCUUAUUAGAUCCCCUUGAACCAAAAGAAGCUCAACCUUCUAACUCCCUUAAUUUUGACUCUUCCAAUCUUGAAAAAUCUGUUCCUCCAGGUUACUUGAAGUUCAUUAGCAAUUUAGAGAAUGAGAUACUAAAUGUCUCGAUGGAAAGGGAGACUGCGAAGAUUGAAGUGAUGAGAGCUCAAGCUAUGAUCAACAUUCUUCAAUCACGUCUCGAUCUCUUGAACAAGGAGAACGAGGACUUGAGGAGACUCGUUCGAGGAGGUUAGCUGGUAACAACAACUCCAUGUAGUUCUAGUUUUGCAGCUGUUGGCCGAGCAGAGGGCUCCGUUGUAUCGGAGUCCUCCAUUCUUAAAACUGUUAGAGAAAAAUGAAAAUGGCUGGCUAUGUAAUAACUUUAUUUACGUAGUUUUGCUAUAAACUUGUACUUAUGCACCCUUAGCUAUCGACAUAAUGUUGUCUGUUUAACUAGUUUAAAUAAAGUUGAGCGCCUUCAGUUGCAA